GUGAUCAGUUAAGAAUAAUCACUCCGUGUCAUUGCAUGUGUGGCAGUGUGAUGAAGUUUGUAGAGGACGCUGAGGAUGACUGCACAAAGAUUGUGGACAGCUUGUUGGACGUACUGACCAAGGGACAGCACUCUGCCACCAUGAAACAGAUACACGAGAAGCGAAAACAGGAUGAAAAACAGAAAGCAGCUCUUAAAAAGACUAUGAUGUUCAGCCAGAAUGACCCAGAGGAGGCUGAUUUCUCUACAGCAAACACUACUGCAGAUGGUGGCGAGGGCAAGCCCGAUGUACAGCAACGUCUGGACCGGACAGCAGACCUCCUGAGGGAGCUUCAUCAGGCCCAGCAUGAAAGGUUGAGUCAGCGACCUCCCCCGCACCUGACCAACACCCUGGGACCUGGCGACACAGAGAAACACCUAGCUGACAAUGUCACAUCUGAACUCACAAGUCUUGCAAAGGAAGCAUAUCCCAGAGAUGUAACAAGUCUUAGAGGAAUUCGAAAAGCUUUAGGAAUCUCAGUAGAGUCUGUCAUAGGCACGGAUGAAUCUCAGCCAAUAGAAAUCGAGGAUGGUGACAGUUUCAGCCAAUCAAAUGUUUCUUUACAAAAUGAUCAAGACAAUUCACAGUUGGAAGCUGCAUACAGCUAUGACAAUAAUGAUGGUCAUCAGAAUAUCAUCGACAAUGAACUCUUGAUGGAGACAGAUGGAACAGUUAUUGAUAACCUGUGAGAAGUGAUCAAUAACCUGUGAGAUUUGGGAACAUUUAUUUGAUGAAAAGUACUGUGUAUAUUUGUAUACCUUUAUGUCUAACUUUUGGAUUAGAAAGGAAAAUGAAAUGAUAAGCAUUUGAUAAAAAAAGCACUGUUUUUUAAUUGGAUAUAAACAGCGUUUGGUUUUAAAUGGAAGACAAAUGUGAAUAUUGUGUUAGAAUUUAGCCAAAAGAUAGUAGGGUCUUUAGCUUAACAAA